UGCAUGUGAACUAUAUACAAAGCAUAAAGCCAGAUCGAACAGGAAAAAGAAAAACAGGAAAGUUGAAAUCAUAUUUCUCCAAAGAGGAGGAAGAGCUUAGGAUUCCAUAGAAAUGGCCAAGUUUUUUGUCCUUGCAGUCUCUGCAUUUCUCACCAUAUUCAAUCCCUUUGCACCUGCAGCCUCAGUUCUUCAUGGGGAACACUACCACCACCACGGCAUGGCACUCAACUUCAGCUACUCAGGCACAACGGGCCCGGCCCGGUGGGGAGCCUUAAACCCUGCAUUCUCAGCAUGCUCCAAUGGGAAAUCACAGUCCCCAAUCAACAUCCUCCGCCACAAAGCUAUCAUUAACAAGAAGUUGAAGCCUCUGGAGAUGAAAUAUAGUCGGUCUGUCAAUGCUACUUUGAUGGACAAUGGGUUUAAUGUUGGGAUAAGUUAUGGUGAAGAUGCAGGAGCUUUGGUUUUGGAAGGGAAGAUCUACAGACUGAAGCAAAUGCACUGGCAUGCCCCUUCUGAGCACCAGAUUGAUGGAUUUCACUUUGCAGCUGAGCUUCACCUGGUUCACAUUGCUCCUGAUAACAGCGUGGCGGUAUUGGCAGUCCUCCUCAAAUUAGGCCAUCCUGAUCCCCUUCUUGCUAAGAUCCAAAAGCAACUGACUGAACUGCCUAGGGAGUUAUUAAGACAAGAGAAACCUCGAAUUUCUCUAGGAAAUCUGAACACUCAUGAAUUGGUCAAAUUUUCCCAUAGCCAUAAGUAUUACAGAUAUGUUGGCUCCCUCACUACCCCUCCAUGCACUGAAGAUAUUAUAUGGACCGUCAUUGGCAAGAUUCAUUCAGUAUCAAGAGAACAAGUUGUAGCUCUAAGAGCUCCAUUGGAUUCGACAUGUAAGAGGAAUUCAAGGCCAAUCCAGCCCCUGGAUGGACGACAUGUUGAGUUCUAUGAGCGUUAAUAGCAUUAUUGAUCAUCUUAAAGUUAAUUGGGAUAUAAUAUACGCAAAUAAACAUGAUUUGCUCUUUUUUUCCACUUUCAAUAUAUGUGUGUGUUUAGAAGUCAUUUUUAGAAUAAGAAUCAAGCUUAAAUUGAGUUCUUAUCAAA